CCAGCCAAUGAGAGCGCUCGCUAUUGGAAUACUGAAUGUAGACGGCAGCACAGCAGCUUCUGUGCAUCGUGCCAGCUACCGAAAGUGUACCGAAAGGCCGAACUGCCAUCUGACAUUUCAUCGCCCUGUUUGUGAGCAGGUUUGGGUUGCACCCUGGGCGUGAUAUGUUGUUCCUCGAUCGGCGAAGAACGUUAUGAACGGAAGUCUACCGGAUGGUCAAAAGAUUUUGAAAGAGAUCGGCAGCUCGGCGAAUGCAACUAAAGAAGAUAUUCAUUUGUACGCCGAGCACCUAGGAAUCGUCCUUCCCGAUGAGCAAAAUCUGCUUUGGAUUGCUCAGGCCGGUCUUGAGGUGUCGCUGCCGCCACCGUGGUGUCCCGUGGAAGAUCCUCAGGGAAGGAUUUACUAUUACAAUUCGGUUACGAAAGAGACCAAAUGGGAGCAUCCCCUGGAUUCUUACUACAAAGCUGUGGUCAAGAAGGAGAGACUCAAGGCAUGCGCACGAACCACUACUGCAGAGUCAAAUGUAGAAGACAGCGGUGCUUCACUGAUGUCAUCUCUAGACGACAUUCCACCGUUGUCCUCAUUUGCGAAAGCUUCAGAGGUUGAUCGAACUGUUGUUCCAUUCUCACGUGUCAAGAAAGUGAAAAAGGGAUUCCUCUCCAAGUCUUGUCCAACCAACCUGCACAUGCUAGCGGUGUCUUCAGGACCUUUGGUGAAGGCUUCCUUGGUGCAGCAAACAGACACGGACUCGGAAUCUCACACUGCCACUCUUCGCAAUCAAGAUGAACCUGCCGUUGUACAGGACUUGCUCACCCAGAAGCAGGCGCUAGAGUUUGAGUUGGAGCGACUGAAGCGGGAGGUCCACAAGUACCAGCGAAUCAGAGAUCAGUUGAAAGCAUCUGCCAAGCAAGAGCUAAUCCAACUCGGAACCACUUCACUUGUUCACAGAUCACGAAACCACAAGCACGCUAUCGCAGACGAGAAGCAAGGCCAGAAUUCCCAAGAUAAAGGAGCUGCGCUGCUAGGUGACACAUCUGGGACAAAGACCAAAGGCGAGAGCAGCAAACCCAGCAAGGGAGCAGCCACAGGGAGCCUAUCUAGUCGCUCCUCAUUGGGUCACAAGGACCUUCUCCGGCUCAGCCAACGACUCUCUCACCUGCGUCAUCGACAUCUGCAGCUGUCCUUACGUGCUGCUCAGCAAGUCGCUGAGGAUGCUCUUGCAAGUUACGUGGUUCCCCACCCUUCUAGCUCUGAGAUCACCAGCAAGGAUUUGGUUGUGUCAUCCAUAAAGCAGCUGGUGCCGUCCUCCUCAACCGACCUGGUACCUCAUCGUACAGCAAGAGCACUGACUGAUACUCCUCACGUCGAAAUGGAUGCAGUUCACGGCACCGCUCCGACACAUUAUUUGAAGACGUACGUGUCUCAGCAGCACGAUGGGCGGCCUCCUCAGCAGUGGUCUCGGUCUGAGUGGACAACAAAGUUGUCCCAGCUACGCUGGAGCCUCAGGGAGUGUGAACUCCAACAGCUGCUUAUCAAGUAGUCACUCCUUCGCUGCCAAGUGAAAGGCUCAUAGUCACGAGUAAUUAAACAGGUACUAGUCAUCACAAGAAUCUCGGGUAAUGGUGUUACAAGCUAUGUUCGGUUGAUCAAAGAAAAAAAGCUUAAUAUACAUCUUGUGAUUAUGUUAAAGAUAGAUGGUGUACCCAAAAGUGACUGGAACAUUUUUCAGAAGUAUGCACUUAGCACUCUUAAAAAAUUUCUUAGACCAGACAGAUUUGCAUAUAUACAAUAUAAACUGAUUCUGUGAAAAAUUAUACUGAAGUUCACAUCGUACGUAUGAAGCUAAUAAACACAUAUUGAGUGACGAGUUAGAUACUCUUAAAUAUCCUUAGAUGCCUUAAGUUCUUUUUUACUUGUAACCAUAGCAACUGCAUUGUAGUGACAUUGUUGACUGUUGAUCAACAACAAACCUUGUCAUGUAUUAUUCUUAACUGGAUUGUUUGUCACUGAAAUCAGAGGAAAGCAUUUUUAUGAACUUUACUUUUAUUAGGCUUAUAAGAUGGCUGGUUAUGUAAAUUAUUAUGUGAAAUAGCUGCUUCUCACACAUUAAGUCUGUUCCAUGCUAAAUUAUGAUAGAGUGCUUUGGUCUAGGCAAGUUGGUGCAACAUUUGCGAAGUUAACCAGCAUGAAAGACGAGACGAAAGACACUUGUUGUGCAUGUGUCUUUCGUCUCGUCUUUUGUGCUGGUUAACUUCGCAUAUGAUAGAGUAUUGGAAUAUGCUGCAUAUGGAAUCUAUGAAUGAAACGUAAUGCAACAAGUGAUCCAUUCAAAGCACUCAGUUUUAACGGAUUGGCCCACAAAAGCAUAAAUAGCACACUAGCUGCUGCUAAUGGCCUAUUCAGUCACUAUGAUGUUAGUUGUGUGUAAGACAAAUGUUGCAGUUACCUUUGGGUACCCCCUUGCAUGUACAACAUACCUCUCAGAAUGUUUACCUGAAAUGAAGUGCUCAUUUUUAUCGUCAAGGUAAAUACCCUACUUAUACUAGAAAGCAGUGGUCAUUAAGAGAGGUCUUGUUGUUUUGCUACCACUGAAUUAGGCAUGUUGAGUGGAAAGAUGUUUUGUAUGUAUGCCUCCAGUGCAACAUGUCCUCCCUUUGCCGUUCAGAGUUUGUGAUUUAACCCGCAAAGUCAUUUAUAGGUUCGAAGAUCAGUUUAUGGUUAGCUGGUAAAUAGUACUACCUUGACUAUCUUUUUGCUAAUACAACUCAUAAUGCCCUUGUGUCCAGAUCAUGUGGCUACAGAAAAUGUGUCUGUGAAGAACCAUUUCCUGUAUAUUUAUUUAUUUAUUUACCAGGUGUCCCAGCUAUCUUUGGCCAAGGGUUAAAAAAAUGCAAUAGUAGAGGCAGGCGAGUGAAAUCAGUUGCAAAUUGCUGACAACCACCCUGCGCACUACAGACAAUUUUUUGUUUUGGAAUUAAUUUUUAAAUAACAUUACUUAACUAAAUUGCUAAAUAUUCACUUUAGGCAAGACAUGCAACUUGCAAAGUUCGAAAACGUCUUCAGAAACCCCCAUUGCAUUAUUUGUGAUAAAGAAAGUCUCACGUAUACCAUUUUUCCCAAGCUGCAAAGAAAGCCCGUGAAAUACAAAAGAAAAACCACGUGACUAGCACAUUCGCGCGGCAGCGAACGUGCUGCUCUCAGCCAUGGCUUGAGCAAACGAAAUUAGCUGUGGCCGCGUCUCGCCGCCUCCGUUGCAGCGGUAGGCCGAUAAGUUAACGAUGGUUCCUUGGCCCGCGUCAGCCAGUUGGCGCACGUGACAGUGCAAGUUGUAGCGAGUGCGGGCUGCCGCGUGAAUACACUAGUCACGUGGUUCUUUUUGUAUUUUGCGGGCUUUCUUUGCAGCUUGGAAAAAAUGGUGUACGUGAGACUUUCUCUGUUGCAAAUAAUACAAUGGGGGUUUCUGAAGAUGCUCUCGAACUUUGCAAGUCGCAUUUCUUGCCUAAAGUCAGUAUUUACCUAUUUAAAUUAAGUAAUGUAAAUUAACAAAUUAAUUCCAAAACAAAGAAUUGUCUGUAUUGUGCAAGGUGGCUGUCAGCAAUUUGCAACUGAUUUCACUCGCCUGCCUCUAAUAUUGUAUUUUUUAACCCUUGGAUAAAUAUAGCUGGGACACCCGGUAUAUACAGCCCUGUAUCUGGGUCUUGUGCUGUAACAAUUCUUUUUAUUUGUCGUUCUCUUUGCCCUUUAUCAUUGGCUCCCAUGAUGCCAGAAUCCCACUGUUGUUGUUCUUGGCUGUGUUACAAGAAGUGCUAUAGAGAGUGAUUGUAAUCAAUUAAAUGACGUAUGUCUUUGAAAGUAUGGGCAUCUGUAGAAUAAAGAACACAGCAGAAAGUGGUGGGGUGGGGGGGUUUUUGUGAUUUGGACCAUCAUCUAGGAUUUUGGGUGCUUUUUUUUUUAUCUUGAAAAGUUUGUUGCUGGCUUAUGGUGCAGCCAGUCUAUGUGCAAGCACAACGGGUGCACUUCUCAGAUGGUCUUUCUGUCAUGUUUUAAAGGAAUGGUCGUACGGUAAAACUAGAGCGCAAGAUCAGACAAGAUUGAACACUGUGAGUUAUCGAAAUAAAAUAUUCACAGUAGUAUGGUGCACUAUCUAGGACAUGAAGCUAAUUUGUUUUUAGAAAUGGCCACAAGGUGUGCUGGAAUACAGUUUCGUCAUGGGGGAAUGCACUUUACUGAGGAUCACUUUCUAUUACAUUGACUUCCGAUGCAUAGAUACUCAGUGGAACGUCCUAUCGUAACAUGUGAAAGUGUGCCAAAUUUAUGCCGGCCCUGUAGGUACAGUGUAAAGCAACUCAGCUGUCAUUGUCUUAUUGUGAAAAAUAAUAUACUACUAAUUCCAGGUGGUGACAUUUUAAAUAUAUCUUGAAGAUUGCUCAUGGCGUUCAUUUCCUUCUUCAGCCAUUGUAGCAGCAAUGAGGCUAUAUCCUGAUAAUUCAGGACAUAGAGAUUUCUUACUUCAACAAAAAUGAGGGAAUGUGCAGUUUCAGAGAUGUCAUAAACUCGAUUUUGUGUUACUCAUCGUUAAUGCACUGCCUGGAUUUUGAUGAGACAUGUGCUAAAUUAGUAGCUCAGCACUAGGUGCAAUGUUCUUUAUAUAGCAAAAGAACAUUGAAGCACCCUCUUACAUAGCAGUGUUAAAAAAAAAUUCUUGCUGUUCUGCUUAUUUGUGUAUGACAGCAUGGUGUACAUAAUGUUCUCAGAGGGAAUUAAUUGUUGAUCAUCUAGCUCGCAGUGCAAGAGCUGUGUAAUGUCUGCAGCAUUAUAGAGUGGCAAAAGACACAUGGAGAGUUUCCUGCAUUAUGCUGCAGCUUUGCCAGAUUUGAUAAUGUCAUUAGGCAGCACUAAUGCGUAGCUUGCAAGUCUCAAGUAAGGUAAGGUGGCUCUAAAGCCAACAUAAGCUGUGUUCAGACAGUCGCCAAUGUUUCAAAAGGGGGGACUUGUCUUGGUUGGCCUCUUUGUCGAAGUGUUACCCAUGCCAUCUCUUGCUUGACCCGUGGUGAUCAUUUGAAGCAUUUGCCUUCCUGCAAAACCCGAGUAUUGUUUGUAUUUCUAGAGCUGCGAAUGAUUUCCAUCGAUGUCACCCUGCAUGUCAAAGUACAGCUGUACCUUGAGAAACUUGCAUUACAUACUAUAUACAAAGCAGAGCAACGCCUCACAAUGUAGCCACAUUUUGUACUGUGACGCUGGGGUGGCGAGAAAGAGUGACCAGUUACAGCUGCAAGAUUACUGACUGCAAGAGACAGCAGGUGUAAUUCAGAGUGAUUAAGCAUUUAUGGACAAAUGCUCGAGAAAUUACAAUUUGUUUGCAACAUGUACAUCAAUUGGGUCUCCAGCAACACUAUAGCGUGUCGGUUUGAUCAUCGAAUGACGUCCUUUGUACUAACUUAGAAUACCAAAGAGCUCACUUGGGUAUUCUAGCAAUCUGAUAGAUCUACAUGGUAUGCAAACCUGACACAAGGAGGAUGCAACAGGCUUGAACGAAAAGGAUAAUCAGCAGUUUGUGCAGUCCUCCUAAUGCGUGUGUGUUGCAUGCCCUUCUAUCUGUACAAGGUUUUUGUACUGCAAAUUAAAUGAUACUCUUGUUUCCACAGCAAUGCUCAAUAUGCAUCAAGAAAGAUCUUUCUACUUGCGUCCGGCUGUGCUACCAUGGCACAUGUGCAUAAUAACUUCUGUAAGAAUGCAAUUUAAGAUUUCCUGUCAGUCUUAAACACCUCUUAUAUUUCAAGUUGAGCAAGCACCUUUUUAUUUUUCCUCUAGCGCAACAUUAUGUACUAGGAUUUAUUGCUUUUAAGUUGAAAACGUUGGUGCUCAGCAAUGUUCUAUGUCCUGUUACAAGGAUCUACAAGCCUUACCACGCAUUUUUUUGCAGGAAACUUCAAUGAUUCAAGAGCUUUGUUCUGAGGGCUCUGCAGUUACAAUACUGUUAUACUUGGGCUCACUGCAUCGUUAGGGUUGUUUGCUCGAGUCAAGGUAGCUCUUGAAGUGCCUUGAAAUGUGCAAGCAAAUGUACGGGUUGUGAUGGUAGUUGCGUAAAUGUCUGCAGUUUGUUUUGACAAAUGCUUAGGCUUGCAAUGCAUGUGUAAUGCAGCAAGUAGUACAUCCAAGAAUGAGUCUGUGCCAGUGUACAAUAGCGACCUCCUGCUCUCGUCUUGUGCAUGCACCAACAUCAGAAUUACACCCUAGCAACUAAUUCUAAUCUCGGGAAAUUUACGUACGCGCAUGCCCCUGGACACCUCCAGCAGCCUCCUAUGCUUGUGUGUUGUGUAAAAAUUGAGUCCCUCGUCAACACUCAUUUUCUACAUUACUGAUUCUAGUUGUCCUUUCAGUUCUUCAUGGUUUGUAACAUGGGUGACAAAAUCUUCACAGUCACAUUCAGUUUUGCCCAGUAAGUGUUGUACUGGUGUUCAAGUUUGGUGCUAGCCACACUUAAAAAUCUUGUUGUCAUAAUAAAGAAUAUUUAACAGUUGACAUCAGCAGUGCCUUUAUUGCGUCCAAAGACUACACACAACACUUUCAUAGUAUUGCCAUUACACAUGCCCUUGCCGCAGAGGUAAAAAAAAGUGAAAAAAAAAAAACAAA